AUGAUAGUUUCGAACGUCGAAGCGGCAAGAAUACUGGCGUACUUCCCGACACCGUCCAGUAGCCAUCAGGUCGAGAUCCGCGCACUGACACACGAGCUCGCCAGGCGAGGCCACGAGGUCGUCGUGGUGACACCAGAUCCGGCCUUCCCGAGGGGAGAAGCGCCUGCGAACAUCACCGAAAUAGACGUACACGAUAUUUCGUAUAAGAUACAGGAGGAGAUUUUGGCCGUACAUAAUAUGAAAAAUAAAAUAGAUAUGGCGUAUCGGAUACUAAGCUUUUUAAAGUAUUUCUCGAUGAUCGUAGAUACACAACUCGAAGUGCCAGAAAUGAAAGCGAUACUCAUGAAAGACAGAAAACAUUUUGAUCUCCUGCUGUUGGAGUCCAUGCAUCGUUCGAUUUUGGGUCUAUCGCAUAUCUUCGAUUGUCCCGUAAUACAGAUCAGUUUCGUCGGUGUAGCCGGAUUUCAGUACGGUGAUCUGGGGGCUGCGAGUCAUCCGAUUUUGUAUCCAACACAAGAAAGGCAAAGGUUGUAUAAUUUAUCGUUUCUUGAAACAGGCAUUGAGUAUUUUAAACAAAUUGCAUUUCAUUUGGUUGUUAAAAUAAGCCAAAAAGAGGACUACAUUGUUAUGCAAAAGCACUUCGGAAGAGAUGUUCCCUCUGUUGAUGAGUUAAACAGGAGAGUCGUAAUGAUUUUUGUUAAUGAACGUAAACUGUGGGCUAGCAACCGUCCGGUCCCUCCGAAUAUUCAGUUCAUCGGUGGCAUAAAUUUAAAACCACAAAAGGAUUUGCCUGAGGAUUUAAAAAACUUUCUGGACUCGUCCAAAAAUGGAGUUAUUUACGUAAGUUUUGGAACAAAAGUAAAAACCAGAACAUUGCCGGAGAACAAAAUAGUUUCGAUGAUAAACGUGUUCUCGAAGCUUCCCUACGACAUUCUGUGGAAGUGGGACGAGGAUGAGCUGCCGACCAAAUCGAACAACAUAAAGAUAUCGAAAUGGUUCCCGCAGGCCGACCUACUCAAGCACCCCAAAGUAAAACUUUUCAUUAAACAAGGAGGUUUACAAACAACAGACGAAGCCAUCGACGCCGGGGUGCCUGUCAUUGGUAUGCCGAUUUAUUUUGGGGACGAAUGGUACAAUAUUGAAAAAUAUACUCAUUUUAAUAUUGGGUUCUAUCUAGAUAUCGAUACAUUAACAGAAGAAGUAUUUGAAAAAAGUGUUAUAACUAUAUUGAGCAACGAAAGCUACAGGAACAACGUCAUGAAGCUACGGGGCCAAAUGAUGAACCAGCCCGUGCCGCCCCUGGAGCUGGCCGUCUGGUGGACGGAACACGUCAUGCAACAUGGCGGAGAGCACUUGCAACCGCCGAGCGCCUUCAUGUCCUACUACGACUAUUAUGAAGUUAACAUGAUUAUAUCGGGAGACCGCGACGUCGCCGCUGUUCAUUCCAACCCGCCGCGCCUCCGCGCCGCCUAA